UGAAAAGAACCCGGAAAACCCUCCCGAGCGCGGGCGACGAUUGGCUGCUUUGCCGCCCACGUGACUGAAAGUCGUGUUUUGAUUGGGCCGAGGCUCACGUCAAGCUGCUGUGCGACGAGCGCUGUGGGGGCAGGCUCUGCAAUCGCCGGGAGUGAAGAAUCAGUGGGAGAUGGCGGCUGCCGCUCCGCCGGCGGCACCGGCUGUUCUUCCUCCUCCACCACCUCCUCCGCCGCCAGCACCGCCAGGCUCCGGGAGGCUGCCCGGCCGCGUGCUGGAGCUGGUGUUCUCCUACCUGGAGCUGUCAGACCUCCGCAGCUGUGGCCUGGUGUGCAAGCACUGGCACCGCUGCCUGCACGGCGACGAGAACAGCGAGGUGUGGAGGAGCCUGUGCUGCCGCCUGGUGAGCGAGGAGGCCCUGCGGACCGACGUGCUGUGUAACCUGCCCAGCUACAGGGCCAAGGUGCGUGCCUUCCAGCAUGGUUUCAGCUCAAGUGACUGCUCCCGAAAUGUCUACAUUAAAAAAAAUGGCUUUACCCUCCACCGGAAUCCCAUAGCUCAGAGCACAGAUGGUGCACGCACCAAAAUUGGAUUCAGUGAAGGUCGCCAUGCAUGGGAGGUGUGGUGGGAAGGUCCACUGGGCACAGUGGCUGUGAUUGGCAUAGCAACAAAACGGGCCCCGAUGCAAUGUCAGGGCUAUGUCGCCCUUUUAGGGAGUGAUGACCAGAGCUGGGGAUGGAAUCUUGUAGAUAAUAAUCUACUGCAUAAUGGGGAAGUAAACGGAAGCUUUCCCCAGUGCAACAAUGCUCCUAAAUAUCAAAUUGGUGAAAGGAUCAGAGUUAUCUUAGAUAUGGAAGACAAGACAUUGGCUUUUGAGCGUGGAUAUGAGUUCUUGGGCGUGGCUUUUAGAGGACUGCCAAAAGCAUGCCUUUAUCCAGCAGUGUCUGCCGUAUAUGGCAACACAGAAGUGACUUUAGUGUACUUAGGAAAGCCUUUGGAUGGAUAAUUGUCUCCAGGAGACAGCUUUGAAAGAACCGGAGACAGUGCACUGUGCAUGUGAUGAAGAAGAAACCAUGACCCAUGCUACUGGUGUCCACAGGAAAGAAGUACCACUGAUUAGAGGAACACUCUUUCUUGCAUGGAAGAUUCUCCAAUC